AUGAGAAUCCUGUGGUUGAUCUUAUUCAACUAUGAUUUUUUCAUGGUGAAAUCAUACGAAAACUUGGCUUUGAACAAACCAGCAAGGCAUGAGUAUCCCUACCCUAAUCAACCUUGGGGAGCAGAGUGUGCUGUAGACGGGAUGUAUACAGACCUGUCUGCUAAUGGAGGACAGUGUGUGGUAUCAAAUAACUAUAAAAAAACGGCAGAAUGGCGGGUAGACCUGGGAGAGGUACUCAGUAUACAUCACAUCUUUAUACAGUACAGGACGGAUAAUAUGUUCUGGGAUGAGCUGAAUGGUUACACACCUAGAUUCCUGGGAUACUCUGUCUACAUAUCAAACUCAACCAAUAAAGAGGACGGAGUACUAUGUUUUAAAGACACCAACUACACCCGAGCCACAAUACCCAAUCCUACAAACAUAACGUGUAUCGCACACGGGAAAUUUGUCAUCUACUACAACAACAGGACCCACUAUCCGUAUCCUGCUGGGUAUUCUGACUACGCACACAACGAGCUGUGUGAACUAGAAGUGUAUGGAUGUCCCAUACCAGGAUAUUACGGAGAAAACUGUUCCUUUUCCUGCCCACUAAAAUGUCAAGAAGGUCAUUGUAACAUUAUUGAUGGAACGUGUCUGGGUUGUGUUGACGGAUACCAAGGUCCAUACUGUAACAAUGAGUGCAGCAUUGGCACGUACGGUCUUGAGUGUGGAAAUUUAUGUGGUAACUGUAGUAACGGUAAUCGGUGUAAUCACGUGAACGGAAGUUGUCCAGACGGAUGUGAUGUAGGGUUUUUUGGUGAUAAAUGUAAUAAAGCCUGUCUUCCGGGUUGGUAUGGUCCAAAUUGUACUAUCAAAUGUGGUGCAAACUGCAACAGCUGUAACAGAUUUAAUGGUGACUGUGAGUUUGGAUGUAAACCUGGAUGGAAUGGAUUAACCUGCCAAAAUGAAUGUAGCGAAAACACUUAUGGAUUAGACUGUAAACAGAUCUGUGGAAACUGCAGAAAUGGAGAACAGUGUCAUCACGUGAACGGUGGCUGCCCUAAUGGGUGUGACAAAGGAGCCACCGGCGUUAAAUGUGCCAUUGCCUGUCAUCAUGGUAGCUAUGGUUACAAUUGUGAAGACAAGUGUAGCAUCAACUGUGGAAUUCCAGAGAGAUGUGACAGGGUGACAGGGCGGUGUAAGGGAGAGUGCAAAGUGGGAUGGAAAGGACAGACUUGUGAUACUAAAUGCAACGGAGGUAAAUUUGGGGAAAAUUGCGAAAAUGAUUGCGGUCACUGUUUGCACAAAGAACAAUGCCACUACAUAGAUGGCACAUGUUCCAAUGGAUGUAACGAUGGGUAUCAAGGCAUUCAGUGUAAAAACAUUUGCAGUAACAACACAUAUGGAUUAAACUGCUCUCUGAGUUGUGGAAACUGUUUUUACGUGUACGGGGAACAAUGUCACCACGUCACUGGUCAAUGUCCACGUGGAUGUGUCAGUGGAUUUCAAGGAGACUUUUGUGUUGAAGAAAAUGACCUGUAUCUGCCAUCGUCUGAAGCAAGAUGUCAGCUGGCAGCUCCACUCUACUCUUUUAUUUCAUUGUUCUGUGUCAGUGUUCUCAUCAUUGUAUGCUUAGUUAUCAGAGUUUUAAGAAACCAUUUGCCAAAGUGCCAACACAAGCAAGAAAACGAGAAAACCGGAAACUUAAGCUCCAGUAAAAUUUCUAAUAUCAUGUAUACGGGCGACAUUUGUGCUUAUGAUGAAGUUGGUGAAGUUACAAAGAAUCCGGAUUAUGAUGAACUUUAAUAAUUAUUGGUACUCAAAGAUGACUAGGAGUUAGUUUUAUUAGAAUUAUUAUAUAAUUGCAAUUCCUGUAAAGUUUUAAGACUUGGAUAUUUUAAUAUCAUGAUAUUGAAACAAAAUUGCAUGCAUGUGAUUGUGUUACUAAUUUGCAUCAGUAUGUAAAAUCUAGUGAGAAUAUAAUAUGUUGUUUGUUUGGUUCUCAUUAAAGUUCAUGUUGAAACUAGAAGCUGACAACAAAACAUAAACUAAUUAUUAAUCUUAACAGCUGAUUUUAGGUAUUACAAAAGAAAACCUCUUUCAAGUAUUACAAUGACAGUAUAGCCUUUAUUUCAGCUCACACAUAUUUUCAUUGAAAUGACAAGAAAAACACAUAUAUUGUAUAGAA